CUCAGGAGUGCUCUGUCGACCACAGACUGAAUCCUGUGUCGGAACAGGCGUAAGGAUGAAGGCCACUGGGGUCCUGCUCCUGAUUGGCUUGCUGGUCACAGACAUAGAGUCCAGAGUCUACACUCGCUGUAAACUGGCAAAGAUAUUCUCAAGGGCUGGCCUGGAUAAUUACGCAGGCUUCGUCCUUGGCAACUGGAUCUGCAUGGCGUAUUAUGAGAGCCGCUACAACACCUCGGCUCAGACUGUCCUGGAUGACGGCAGCACUGACUAUGGCAUUUUCCAGAUCAACAGCUUCACGUGGUGCAGAGACAGCAGUUUCCAGAAGAACCAUUGCCACGUCGCCUGCUCAGCCUUGCUCUCAGAUGACCUCACAGACGCAAUUAUCUGUGCCAAGAAAAUUGUUAAAGAGACACAAGGGAUGAACUACUGGCAAGGCUGGAAGAAACACUGUGAAGGUCAAGAUCUGUCUGAGUGGAAAAAAGGGUGUGAUGUUUUAUAAAUGGGAACCGGACCCAAGGCAUCUCACGCUGACUCCCCACAGUGUAUAAUAGAUGUCAAAAUACUCACGUCAUCUUGUCCCCUUUCUCCCAGUAUUCAUGCUCAGCACUGGGGAGGGAAAGCUGUGCUGUAUUUAAAG